AUGGCGCGCACAGAGACCCUCGUCUCCCGCAACGAGAAAGGCUCGACGCCACUGGGUUCCGCGACCUUCAUAGCCCUGCGCCUGCUCGACCCCUUCCUGCAAUACGGGCUCCUGAUCCACGGCUGGGGCGAUCCUCUCAUCCGGCUCCUAGGGGGCCGCCCCCUGCCGCUCGAGGGGCCAGUCCUGGUGCUGGGCCUGCCGUACUGGCGUCUGAGCAUCUUCGCCAUGGCGGUCGCCGGGUGCGCCAAGACCAUAUUCUACCUGGUCUACGUUUCCAGGAUGGCCAUGCCCGUGCGUGCCGCUGUCUUCGUGGGGUUCUUCAAGCUCUUCUCCACCACCGUCAACACGCUCCUCUUCUGCACGACAGCCACCUCGGCGGCCUCUGCGUUCCUGUCGGCCCGGAGCGUCGAACCCGACACGAUCCCGUUGCCCCCGGUACUGCUGGUCGCCUCGUGGGCCGUCUUUGUCGUCGGCAUGGCCAUCGAGAACGUCGCCGAGCUGCAGCGCAAGGCGUUCAAAGAUGACCCCCGCAACAAAGGCAAGCCGUUCACGGGUGGUCUCUUCUCCGCGGCUCGCCAUAUCAACUACGGAGGCUACGCCAUCUGGAAGUCUGCAGCCGCCAUGGCGGCCUGCGGCUACUGGUGGGGCGGCCUGACCCUGGCGUGGCUGAUCGCUGAGUUUCGGCGCCGGGUGAUUCCUGAGAUCGAUGCGUAUUGCACGGAGAGGUACGGUGCUGGAUGGGUUAAUUUUAAGAACACGACCCGUUAUAAGAUGAUACCGUAUAUUUACUAG